GUUAUAACCUGAACAGCUGGACUAGCAUUGGGCUUUGGCAAUAUUGCGAUGCAAUUCUCUUAUUCUCAUUUCAAAAUUCUCAGAAUAUUUCUUCAGCACGAAUUGGUCACAAUAACCAGCCUAAUCAUGCAACCUAUAAUAGUAUUACAAGCGAUGGUCUAACUUUUGGAGGUGGGUAUGAAUUUUACAUUAAAGAGCCACUCCAAGAAAACGAACAAGAACGCAAUCAACUAGAAAGUCUACUCAGAACUGACAACGAAAGCUACACAAAACAUUUAAAUCACUACCUUAAAAACAGCCACCAAAAACUACUUCAAAGAUUACAAAAUCGUCACAUACUUGAACUCACAGAAUUACAAGAAGAAUUCAAGCAAGAUGAGCCGUUGAUUCGACAAUACUCUCCAACGGUGGACAAACUCAAAAUUGAGAACAGAGUUCAGGAUUUGUUAUGUAACAACGAUGUUAGAGACACUGUAAAAGUUAAAGACGCUAUCGCGAGUAUGAUUGAAGAAGUAAGGGAAAAAGAUACUUUUUUGAGUCUGGAUGACUUGUCUGACGCGUACAAACGACGGAAUCAAACUCUGAGAAAUGCACAACACUCGGAGUUUGAGAUGUUGCGAGUUCUUCUAUCUCAAGACGCUAUAAAUUUGAUUCAAUUUUCUUCCCCACCACAACAUAACCCCGAAUUGGCUGGAUUACUCAAUCAAGCCUCGACACUUCCCGCUGACCAAUUGAGCAUCAUUCAAACUUUGAUCAGUACAAUGGUUAUGAAUAAUUCUCAAAAACAGCGACCAAACUAG